CCUGGGCCCCUGCUGCUGAUUGGCCCGUGGCGCAGGCAGCAGCCAGGCAGGCACGCUCCUGGCCUGGGCAGAGCAGAUAAAGCGUGCCAGGGGACACACGACUUGCAGCUCAGAAAUCCUUCUGGGUCUCACCACCGCAGUAGUGGCCGAGGACCCCCUUGGAGCUUCUCUACAGCUUCCAGACGCAAUUUACUCCAGGCGAGGGCGCCUGCCACUCAGCAGAACUUCGCAGCUGAGCCGAGGAGCUCAGCUAGCCACUGCUGCUUGACACUGACCGACACGCUGCUCUCUAUUCUUUUGAGCCCGGAGAACUAGGUAACAAUUAGGAACCUCCAAAGGGUAGACGAGGGGUGCGGGGUGUCUACUCUGGUCCCGCGUGGAGUGAGUUCUGCUCUAAGUCAGAGGCUGUCACACACCCUUUCCAUUUUUUCCCAACCGCAGGAUGGCGCCUCAUCCCUUGGAUGUACCCACCAUCCAAAUGCCCCGAGAGACCCAGCAACCUUUCCCCGGAGCCUCGGACCACGAAGUGCUCAGCUCCAAUGCCACCCCACCUAACCCCACUCUCAUACCGAGGGACUGCUCCGAAGCAGAAGCGGGUGACUGCCGAGGGACCGCGAGGAAGCUCCGCGCCAGGCGCGGAGGACGCAACAGGCCCAAGAGCGAGUUGGCACUGAGCAAGCAGCGUCGAAGCCGGCGCAAGAAGGCCAAUGACCGGGAGCGGAAUCGUAUGCACAACCUUAACUCGGCGCUGGAUGCGCUGCGCGGUGUCCUGCCCACCUUCCCGGAUGACGCCAAACUUACAAAGAUCGAGACCCUGCGCUUCGCCCACAACUACAUCUGGGCACUGACGCAGACGCUGCGCAUAGCGGACCACAGCUUCUACGGCCCGGAUCCCCCUGUGUCCUGUGGGGAGCUGGGCAGCCCAGGAGGUGGCUCCAACGGCGACUGGGGCUCUAUCUACUCCCCAGUUUCCCAAGCUGGUAGCCUGAGUCCCACAGCCUCAUUGGAGGAGUUCCCUGGCCUGCAGGUGCCCAGCUCCCCAUCCUGUCUGGUCCCGGGCGCCCUGGUGUUCUCAGACUUCUUGUGAAGAGACCUGUCUGGCCCUGGGUGGCAGGUGCUGGCAGAAAAGGGAGGGGGUCAGAGCCGUCUGAAGUGGGAUGUAGUGAAGGCCCUCAAGCAUCUCGCCCCUUCUGGCUUUUACUAGUUGGAUCCCUAGCCCACUCACUGAGUUUCGCCAGGCUUCUCCCGGUACAAUUGCUGCUGUGCAUACACAGCAGACACUGCAGGCUGCUCUCCUCUUAACCCUGCUCGGUGCGGCCACCUCACGCUGCCAUUUGCGAGUGGUAGCACUACCUAGUAGACUACUAUACUUCCUGGUGACUCCGCCCUCAUUCAAAUCUGCCGGCCUGCGACCAUCGCUUUUUUCCCAGGGUGACCUAAUCCAGUGUUGCGUCUUACCUCAC